AUGUUUUACCGAUUUUACGAUAGGUAUCGAGUGUUCAACGAUCGAAGGAGGAAGCCCUUCCCGUACCGAUUUUACUGGGAGAAUCUCCGUCACGCCGUGCUGACCAUCGUCAAUGUGGACUACUGCCUCGACGAGAACGGGGAGGCCCACCACACGGGCCGCUACGACCUGAUGACGCGGGACGACGGCGAGGCCCGACUGGUCGUGCGCCGCGGCCAGCCCUUCGUGCUCGAGGUCAGCCUCUCGAGGAGCUACGAUCCGGCCGUGGACGCCGUCUCGCUGGUUUUCACGCUGGAGGGCGUCAAGAGGCCGCAGUACGGACACGGCACCCUCGUCGCGUCGCCCCUGCUGCUGCCCGGCGAGGUCUCGGACGGCGCUUGGCAGACCGUCAUCUCGGCCUACGCCGAUAAUUCCAUUAAAAUUAAGGUCACACCAGCGGCGGACGCUAUCAUUGGUAAAUGGCGAAUCGAAAUCGACACCAAGAGGCGAGAGUCCGAAGGGGCCGUCAGCUUCACCGUCGACAGCUCCUUCUACUUGAUAUUCAAUCCUUGGGCUCGAGGCGACACGGUUUAUCUGGCCAACGAGGCCGAGCGCCAAGAGUACGUUCUCGCUGACACGGGCCUGAUCUGGCGCGGAACGAGCAACCGCAUGAGGCCGUCCGUCUGGAAAUACUCGCAGUUCGAGCGCGACAUUCUCGACUGCGCCCUCUUCAUGAUGACGGAGGUCGGCAGGGUGCGGGUCUCGGGUCGCGGCGAUCCAGUCGUCGUUUCUCGAUGUCUCUCCGCCGCCGUAAAUUCUCCGGACGAUUACGGAGUGGUGAUGGGCAACUGGACGGAGGACUUUGGAGGGGGCACGCCGCCCUCCCAGUGGAUCGGCUCGCUCAAGAUCCUCCAGCAGUACUACCGCACGAAGAAGCCGGUCAAGUACGGCCAGUGCUGGGUGUUCGCCGGGGUGCUGGCCAGCGUCUGUCGGGCCCUCGGGCUGGCCUGUCGCGUCAUCACCAACUACUCGUCGGCCCACGACACCCAGAACAGCCUCACGGUCGAUUACUUCGUCGACGAGGAGGGCAAGCUCAUGGAGGAGCUCAACAGCGACUCCAUCUGGAACUUUCACGUGUGGAACGAGGUCUGGAUGAGGCGGCCGGACCUGAGCGACGCCGACGAUUCGGACGGCUGGCAGGUGAUCGACGCGACGCCCCAGGAGCUCAGCGAGAACGCCUACCGCUGCGGACCGGCCUCGGUGAGGGCCGUGAAGCGCGCCGAGAUCCAUCGGCCCUACGACAAUAACUUCGUCUUCGCCGAGGUCAACGCCGACAAGGUCUUCUGGCGCUACAACGGCCCGUCGCAGCCGCUCAAGCUCGUCAGGAAGGACAUACACGGCAUCGGCCAGUUGAUGAGCACCAAAGCGGUCGGCCGCUGGGAGCGAGAGGACGUCACGCACAAUUACAAAUAUCCCGAGAAGUCGGACGAGGAGCGGGCUGCCAUGCUGAAGGCGCUGCGCCAGAGCGAGUCGCACUUCAGCCGCUACUACCUCAACGAGGAGUUCAACGACGUCCGCUUCGACUUCGAGCUGCGCGACGACAUCGUCAUCGGUCAGCCGUUCAGCAUCGUCCUGGCGAUCAGGAAUCAGAGCCGGACGCGGCCCUACCAGAUCUCCGUGAUACUGCGCGUCGAGGCCGUGAGCUACACCGGCCGACUGGGCGAGCCCGUGAAAAAGUCCGAGAGCGAGCGCCUCGUCAAGCCCGCGGCCUCGGACGCGGUGCGCCUCGACGUCGCCUGGGAGGAGUACGGCCCCAAGCUCAUGGACCAGAGCGCCUUCCAGAUCUCCUGCCUGGCCACCAUCAAGGACACCAACUUCGAGUACUUUGCGCAGGACGACUUUCGCGUCCGCAAGCCCGACAUCAAAAUCCAGCUCGACGGCGAGCCGAUGGUCGGCGAAUUGCUCGAGGCAACGGCGAGAUUCCGCAAUCCGCUGCCGAUACCUUUGAAGCGGGGAAAAUUCAUCGUCGAGGGCCCGGGCCUCAAGGAGCAGCUCAAGCUCAAGCUCGUCGAAAACGUCGAGGUGGGCGGUGACGCGGUCUGUCGUUUCUCCCUGACGCCCGAUCGUCCGGGCAGGGCCACUAUAGCCGCCAAAUUUUAUUCCAAGGAUCUGGACGACGUCGACGGCUACACGAGUUUCGUGGUUCGGCACCGGCCCUACGUCAGCUCGGGAUAGCCAUGAGCUGCGAUGCUCUUCUCGCUCCAAGUUUUCUCGACGAGCGUCUGCUCGAAUCUUGUGUACAGUAUUUUGUAAAAGUAUCGCCGUUGAGUUACCAUUUUUCAU